AUGUGGGAAGAGCUUGGAUUUUAUGAAGGAUUUGCUCUGACAUGGCGCGCGAUCCUUGUCAAGCAGUCAAAGGAAGAGGAUCGCGCAUUUCAACAUAUCAAACAUCUCCUUGAAUCCAUCUCACACUUUCCACGCGUCAAUCCCUCAGCGAUAGACGCAUCAUCCGAGCUCGACGUAACCAAGUUGCUCCGCCAAAUUCGCUCGCGCUACAAGAUGCUCUGCACCUCUCUCGGCGUACGCCCGAGAUUACGCUCAUCCACCGACCUAGCAGCCAACGACGACAAAAAUAACAUAGAGGACGCGGGCAUGUCAGACGACGAUGCCUCAAGGGAUGUACGCACCCCAGAGCGUCCUGGAUCUACCUUGCCCCAACGCGUAGCCCCAGGCUCUGCUAUCCCAGUCUGGAAAAUAGACAACGCGGGUGUCAAAAAGCCAGUGACGAAUCAAGAUCUCGAUUUUUGA